GUCUUUGCGUACUAUCACUCUGCACAUUGUCAUGAUUUUAGUUCAAAAGGAGCAUAGGUUUUAUUCAAAGGGCAAUAGACAUGCAUUUAAGUUGUAUUUAUUUACAGAGGUAUAUUAUGUCACAUUUCACACAUCUCUUGUAAAUUUAAUCCAUGUGAAAAGAAGCUGCAGGCCAUGAAUUAAUUUCCAGGGAUUAGGGAGCAUGUCAAUCGUUCAUACAUGGAUAUACAGUUCAUACAUGGAUCUCUCUUCUAAAGAGCUGAUCUGAAUCAGGUGUGUUAAGAGACAUGCAAAAUAUACAGAGCAGUGGUAUUUGAGGACUAGAAUUGAGAACCCCUGUUCUAACUAGAUUAAAUCCAAAGGAGCAUGCAUGGCUCUCUUGAGUCUUGAAAGUCUAUGAAAGUGUAGGUGAUCUUUGCACCAAUCUAAGUGGCGUCGAUGGCAUAAGUGCAUCUGAUUGGUCCUUUGCAACAGGUGUGCGCGUGCAGAGACAUGUGACGCAGAUGACGCAAGCACGGCGCUGUUUUAAAAAAUGAACGGUCAACUCCAAAAUAACGGCUUUGUCGAGUUUGACAAGCCGUCUCUCGGAUAUCCACGUUGUAAAUAUCUCAGAUGUUCGACUGCGUCUCUCAGCGUCUUUACCACAAGAAACGUUCGAAACUGCGUAGAAAGAGGAAGAAAGUUUUAAUGGAAAUGAGCUGCAGGUCUCUCCAGAGUGGAAUGUGUGAGAGCUCUGGUCUGUGUCUGCUUCCCACACUUCAGGCCGCUGAUCCAGCACGCUUCAUUAUUCCCGCUCUCAAUAGGCCAUCUGGUGCUCUGCCUGCGCACACAAAGCUUCCCGCUCUCCCUCACGCACCUCAAAGCCACAGCCGCGUUCUGAUUGGCUCAAAAGUGUGAGAAACAGAAGAGCACGGAUCAGGACAUAUAUAACGGGGUCCUUCAGCAGAAGACACACACUCGAUAAAGUGACAGCAAACAUACUGCAGAAUGCAAGAAUGGCUCCCACUGUCUGCAAACUAUUUCAGACUGGAAAAGAAAAAAGUAAAGUGAGGAAACCAGUGGUGGAAAAGAUGCGCAGAGAUCGUAUUAACAGAUGCAUCGAACAGCUUAAGGUUCUCCUGAAAGCCGAGAUAAAGGCCAGCCAGCCCUGUGCUAAACUAGAGAAGGCUGAUGUUCUGGAAAUGGCUGUGUUUUACCUGAAGAGCAACACCUGUCCGAGCGUGCAUGCGCAGAGCUACACGCACGGGUUCUCCAGGUGUACAGAGGAGACCGGGAGAUUUAUGGUGCAACAGAACGCCAAGCCAGUUUUAAAGGGACAGUGUGACACAACACAGCGAGCCAGAGUAAGUGUGGAAGACAGCUGUCAGAUCACAUCAAAGAGCAGCAGAGAAGAUGCGCUCUGGAGACCCUGGUGAUCUUCACAGCAUCCUGACGAAGACAUACAGAGAACAGACUGUUUCUCAAAAUAAGUCAAACACUUUGUUUUUAUAAAACGUGGAUGUAGACAGCAGCUGUCACGACGCAGAGAAUGUACCAGUCUACCCCAUACCUGAGUCUGAGAGCACGCAUCUAUUGCUUUACUUCACCUGUGUGGAGAUGAACUUCAUUUACAUAUUGUAAACAUGAGGACUACGACUCCUCAGUAGGUUUCUGUUGAAAAUGAUCUUUUUAAUGAGGUCUGUAACCGUUAGAGGUGUUAAAUGCAUCAUACUGAUGACAGUCUCAAAAAUAAACUAAAGUUACACACA